AUGAAGUGGACUCUGGCGACUCUUGCUCUUCUGGGGUCGGCCUCCGCCGGUGCUCUCGUCUCUCCUCGCGAUGAUAGCUGUGAUUCAUCAUACAAUGGCAAAUUCGAAGUCACGAUUGCCAAGAUCACCAAGCGGGAUAUUCAGAAACGAUCCUGUGAUAAUCCUGAUGCCCUUCUGCUGACACUUGAGAAUGGAAUUCUCAAAGAUGCCAAGGGUCGCACUGGCUAUAUCGCAUCCAACUACCAAUUCCAGUUCGAUGCACCACCCCAGGCUGGGACCAUAGUCGCCAGCGGCUUCGCUGUCUGCCAGGGCGGUUCAUUGGCCCUGCAAGGAAAGACUACCUGGUACCAAUGCCAGUCCGGAAACUUCUACAACUUGUACGACCGCAAGUGGGCGGCGCAUUGCCAAGCGGUCCAGAUUUCUAUAAUCCCUUGCAGUGGCGGUAGCUCUGGUGGAAGCUCUGGUGGAAGCGGCGGCAGCGGAGGUAAUAACAACGGCAGUGGAGGUAAUGGAGGCAGCGGUGGCAGUGGAGGAGAGACCACCGUUGGCACCAAGGUUGUUCAGACCGCUAUCGUCACAGUCAUCUCCGAUGGCCAGCCGCAAGUCCACACCACUACUGUUGCCAUCCCCAUCUGCCAGAUUGGUGACGGGCAGGUUCAAGGCCACACGACUCCAUGCGGCGGCGGCGGUGGUAAAUCUCCUGUCACUCAGAUCAGUGAUGGACAACCCCAGGCUCCUCCGGUUACCCAGAUUAGCGAUGGUCAGCCUCAAGCUCCUCCUGUCACUCAGAUCAGUGACGGCCAACCUCAGGCUCCUCCCGUCACUCAAAUCAGUGACGGUCAGCCUCAGGCCCCAACACAAUCUGCCAAACAGCCGGAGUCUCCUGUCACUCAGAUCAGCGAUGGUCAGCCUCAAGCUCCUCCCGUCACCCAGAUUAGCGAUGGACAACCCCAGGCUCCUCCUGUCACUCAGAUCAGCGAUGGUCAGCCUCAAGCUCCUCCUGUUACUCAAAUCAGCGAUGGCCAGCCUCAGGCUCCUCCUGUUACUCAAAUCAGCGACGGACAACCUCAGGCACCCCCAGUUACCCAGAUCAGUGACGGUCAGCCUCAGGCCCCAACACAAUCUGCCAAACAGCCGGAAUCUCCUCCAGUCACUCAGAUUGGCGAUGGCCAGCCCCAGGCACCCGUUGGAACUGGCACUGCUCCUCCUUCUCCUCCCACCACUCCCACCCAGCCCCCCAUCAGCGGUGGCCCCAGAGUUCUCCCUGGUAUCUCAGUUGCCCUUGUCAUCGCCUUGGUGGGUGUUGUUGCCUUGUAG